CAACGGCGGGCGGGGAUUGGCUGCGCGCUGGGUCAGGGAGGCCUGGGAAGGGGCGCAGGAGGGAGACUAGAGCAGGAAGAACAGCAGCGAGGCGGCGGCGGCUGAAUCGGUGGUGGCAGAGGCGAAGGCGACAGCUCUAGGGGUUGGCAGCGACCCUGAGAGCAGGAUGCAGGUCCGGAUAGGGCUGACGCUGCUGCUCUGUGCGGUGCUGCUGAGCUCGGCCUCGGCGUCCUCGGAUGAAGAAGGCAGCCAGGAUGAAUCCUUAGAUUCCAAGACUACUUUGACAUCAGAUGAGUCAGUAAAGGACCAUACUACUGCAGGCAGAGUAGUUGCUGGUCAAAUAUUUCUUGAUUCAGAAGAAUCCGAAUUAGAAUCUUCUAUUCAAGAAGAGGAAGAUAGCCUCAAGAGCCAGGAGGGGGAAAGUGUCACGGAAGAUAACAGCUUUCUAGAGUCUCCAAAUCCAGAAAACAGGGACUAUGAAGAGCCAAAGAAAGUACGGAAACCAGCUUUGACUGCCAUUGAAGGCACAGCACAUGGGGAGCCCUGCCACUUCCCUUUUCUUUUCCUAGAUAAGGAAUAUGAUGAAUGUACAUCAGAUGGGAGGGAAGAUGGCAGACUGUGGUGUGCUACAACUUAUGACUACAAGGCAGAUGAAAAGUGGGGCUUUUGUGAAACUGAAGAAGAGGCUGCUAAGAGACGGCAGAUGCAGGAAGCAGAAAUGAUGUAUCAGACUGGAAUGAAAAUCCUCAAUGGAAGCAAUAAGAAAAGCCAAAAACGAGAAGCAUAUCGGUAUCUUCAAAAGGCAGCAAGCAUGAACCAUACCAAAGCCCUGGAGAGAGUGUCAUAUGCUCUUUUAUUUGGUGAUUACUUGCCACAGAAUAUCCAGGCAGCAAGAGAGAUGUUUGAGAAGCUGACUGAGGAAGGUUCUCCCAAGGGACAGACUGCUCUUGGCUUUCUCUAUGCCUCUGGACUUGGUGUUAAUUCAAGUCAGGCAAAGGCUCUUGUAUAUUAUACAUUUGGAGCUCUUGGGGGCAAUUUAAUAGCCCACAUGGUUUUGGGUUACAGAUACUGGGCUGGCAUCGGAGUCCUCCAGAGUUGUGAAUCUGCACUGACUCACUAUCGUCUUGUUGCCAAUCAUGUUGCCAGUGAUAUCUCGCUAACAGGAGGCUCAGUAGUACAGAGAAUACGGUUGCCUGAUGAAGUGGAAAAUCCAGGAAUGAACAGUGGAAUGCUAGAAGAAGAUUUGAUUCAAUAUUACCAGUUCCUGGCUGAAAAAGGUGAUGUACAAGCACAGGUUGGUCUGGGACAACUGCAUCUGCACGGAGGGCGUGGAGUAGAACAGAAUCAUCAGAGAGCAUUUGACUACUUCAAUUUAGCAGCAAAUGCUGGCAAUUCACAUGCUAUGGCCUUUUUGGGAAAGAUGUAUUCGGAAGGAAGUGACAUUGUCCCUCAGAGUAAUGAGACAGCUCUCCACUACUUUAAGAAAGCUGCUGACAUGGGCAACCCAGUGGGACAAAGUGGCCUUGGAAUGGCCUACCUCUACGGGAGAGGGGUUCAAGUUAAUUAUGAUCUAGCCCUGAAGUACUUCCAGAAAGCUGCUGAACAAGGCUGGGUGGAUGGGCAACUACAGCUUGGUUCCAUGUACUAUAAUGGCAUUGGAGUCAAGAGAGAUUACAAACAGGCCUUGAAGUAUUUUAAUUUAGCUUCUCAGGGAGGCCAUAUCUUGGCUUUCUAUAACCUAGCCCAGAUGCAUGCCAGCGGCACAGGUGUGAUGCGGUCAUGUCACACUGCAGUGGAGUUGUUUAAGAAUGUAUGUGAACGAGGCCGUUGGUCUGAAAGGCUUAUGACUGCCUAUAACAGCUAUAAAGAUGGCGAUUACAAUGCUGCAGUGAUCCAGUACCUCCUCCUGGCUGAACAGGGCUACGAAGUGGCGCAAAGCAAUGCAGCCUUCAUUCUUGAUCAGAGAGAAGCAACCAUUGUAGGUGAGAAUGAAACUUAUCCCAGAGCUUUGCUACAUUGGAACAGGGCUGCCUCUCAAGGCUAUACUGUGGCUAGAAUUAAGCUCGGAGACUACCAUUUCUAUGGAUUUGGCACCGAUGUAGAUUAUGAAACUGCAUUUAUUCAUUACCGUCUGGCUUCUGAGCAGCAGCACAGUGCACAAGCUAUGUUUAAUCUGGGAUAUAUGCAUGAGAAAGGACUGGGCAUUAAACAGGAUAUUCACCUUGCAAAACGUUUUUAUGACAUGGCAGCUGAAGCCAGCCCUGAUGCACAAGUUCCAGUCUUCCUAGCCCUCUGUAAAUUGGGCAUUGUCUAUUUCUUGCAGUACAUACGGGAAACAAAUAUUCGAGAUAUGUUCACCCAACUUGAUAUGGACCAGCUUUUGGGGCCUGAGUGGGACCUUUACCUCAUGACCAUUAUUGCGCUGCUGUUGGGAACAGUCAUAGCUUACAGGCAAAGGCAGCACCAAGACAUGCCUGCACCCAGACCUCCAGGACCACGGCCAGCUCCUCCCCAGCAGGAGGCUCCACCAGAGCAGCAGCCACCACAGUAGCAGCCACCAGGUCCAGCCUUGAUCGGUGACAGCGAAGGAAGUUAUCUGCUGGGAACACUUGCAUUUGAUUUAAGACUUUGGAUCAGUGGUCACCUCCCGGAAGAGGCACGGCACAAGGAAGUAUUGAAUUCCUAAAGCUGCUUAGAAUCUGAUGCCUUUAUUUUCAGGGAUAAGUAACUCUUAACUAAGCUGAAUGUUUGUUUCAGUGCCAUAUGGAAUAAAACUCUCAGUGGCUUUUUCUUUUUUCUUUUCUGGAAACAUAUGUGAGACACUCAAAGUAACAUCUGCUGUAUCCAGCUAUCUUUCUUGGAUCCUUUUGGUCAUUAUUUCAUUGUGCAUAAGUUCUUAAUAUCAACCAUUUUUAAGGUAUUGUGCAUCGACACUAAAAACUGAUCAGUGUAAAAAGGAAAACCCAGUUAGUUGCAAGUUUAAAUGUGUUCGAAAGUCUGAAAAUAGACUUGCCUUUUAAGUUAAAAAAAAAAAAGACAUCUUCAGAGUGUUUUGGAACUGCGACUACUGAGAAACUUUUACCAGUCCACAUGCAAUUAUACAUAUUUAGCAUAUUCGUUAUUUUAAAAGGGAAGGUUAGGAGGUUCUUAUUGGUGAUUGUCACACUGUGUACCAUACUCCUCUCCUUCAAAGACUGAAAGGCCUUGUUAAGGAGUUUUUUGUGAGCUUUACUUCUUUGGAAUGGAAUAUACAUAUGUAAAACCUUGUGACUCCUUGCGCCAAUGUGAAUUUGCCCCACCUACUCUGCAAUUUUCUUGUUUGUUUUGAAUAUACAGAGCUUUGAUCCAGAAGCCAGAGGAUGGACUAAAUGGGAUAAAUCAGAAAACAAAAUGAAUUCUGGAUGGGGUACCACAAUCACAGACACAGACACACUUUUCCUAACGUUGAAGCAUUUAUUCCCAGAAUUUAUCUUACUUUGCAUUUCUUUUUGCACAAAGAACACAUCCCCUUCCUGAAUUCUUUAAAUAGGAAAUAUCAUUGCCAGGGUAUGGCUUACAGUGACUACUAUUAUAAUACUAAAACUCAGAGAAUCAAAGAUGGAUUAAGCUCAGUGAUUGAUAAUGGCCGGGUGCCGUGGCUCACACCUAUAAUCCCAGCACUUUGGGAGGCCGAGGCAGGCGGAUCACAAGGUCAAGAGUUUGAGACUGGCCUGACAAACAUGAUGAAACCCCGUCUCUAUUAAAAAUACAAAAAUUAGCCAGACGUGGUGGCGCACACCUGUAAUCCCAGCUACUCAGGAGGCUGAGGAAGGAGAAUCACUUGAACCCAGGAGGCAGUGGUUGCCGUGAGCCGAGGUUGCACCACUGCACUCCAGCCUGAGCGACAGAGCAAGACUCCAUCUCAGAAACAAAAAAAACUCAGUGGUUGAUGAAAGCCAAAACCCGUUUAUACUGUUCUGUACUGUUCAGGUAUCUUUUUAUUUCUGAUAGUUUUAUAUUAUAAUAGCCAGCCACUGCGUAGCUAUUAUAUUCACCAUUUUUCUCACUGUUAACAUUAGGAAAAUCAAGGCUACAAUUGAUUGUAGCCUUGGAUUGUCUGGUUAAAUAGUAUGAAAAAAAAAAAAAGGAAAACUGAAGAGUUUCACAUAAUCAUACACAAAAGAAUUGAAGCUUAAACUGUAUUUGUAUUUCAUUUUAUUGUCAGAUGGUGGCGUUCACCAGCCUAUAUCUUGUCUGAGACUGCAUUUGUAUCUCAGCAUGUUUUCUACACCUGCUGAUGUCAGUUCAUAUUAACCUUUAUGCUUUUUCCCAGGAUCUGCCAGAAAACUUGAAAAGUUUAUUGCUUGUAGAGUUACUGCUUUGAUUUUUGAAGUUGGGGUAGUAUUUAGAACUAGAUUUAACUAGUCUAUAAUGAACGUGAAGGCUUUUAAAUGUGAAGUUGUAUACCUUUUUUGUGUUUAGAAUAUUAUGGGAAACCUGGUAAGCAAAACUUUUCUCCCAGAUAAUUGCUUCCAAAUUCGAAGAGUUGGUCACCAAGAGAACCAUAUGUAUGAAAGCAUAUCUGUGAAAGCUAGGAAAUUUUAGCCCCCUAAGUGUAAUGUGCUUUAGGCAGCUCUUGUAAAUACAAAGACUUGUUUGGUCUCUUACACGUAGAGAUUUGGUACAGUACAUUGGUGUCUCCACCACUGCCCCUUCUCCCUGCUUCAAAAUAAAUGUAAUCCAUGGUAGCAGCCACACUUCCUUUAGAAGGAACUGUUAUAAUUUAUUUAAAAGUUGAAAAACCACCUAAGAUAACUAUCAGCUUUCACUUUUUUUCUUCAGCCAUCCACCCUAAUUUUUCUAUUAGCAACAUUUUUAGAUGUAACUUUCCUUCCCCCCCGCGGAGUAUGUGCUUUGAGAAAACAUUUCUUUAAAACUGUGUGUGCUACCUAAGGUUCAACGGGAAAGUGCAGUCUUGUUCCUCAUAUGUUAACGCACUUCUUACUAGCUUGCCACUCGCCUUUUUUUUUAUUGUUGAUGUUCUGAAUUUCCUUUUCUUGGCUUGUUUCCACUUCAUUUUACCCUGGGUCCUUUGCUUCCAGCAGUUUGUGAAUGGUAUCUUUCAAAUAACUUAGUUCUUAGGGCUUCACUUAAGGACUGUCUCUCAAAAAUACUUUGCUCUCUUCUUUUCUGUUCAUGGGACAUGGUACCUACGCAAAUAGGAGUUGGGUUUGGUUUUUCUCCUAAAAUAAUGCUCAAUACUUACCUAAUCAAAUGGCAUCCAUUUGAAUAAAAUGACAAUAACUAAGUUAGUUAAUGUCAGUGACAUUAAACUGACUCCAGGAUUCAGGAGUUUUAAUGCUAGAAUUUAGAUUUAACAGAUAGAGUGUGGCUUCAUUUGUCCAUGGUAGCCGAUCUCUCCUAAGACCUUUUCUAGUCCGUCUUCCUGCCUUCGAAUAUGAUGACAGUACCCUCUUUACUCUUCUCUUGUGUGCAUUCGGUUUGUUGGUUAGCUGACUGUCUUGAAACUAUUCAUCUUGCUUCUACUUUAUUUUACAGAGGUAGCAUUGGUGGGUUUCUUGUGGUUUUUUUUUUUUCCUGUCUCUCCAUGUUUCUAGUUUCAGUUUCUGUUUUCUAGGUGAGGCUUAUUUUUCAUGAGUAGUGAAUGGCACAGAAAAAGUAAAUCAAAGAUGACUUCAAAAUUUAUUAUUUAGCAUUCAACUCAGAUUAAUUUAUAAAUUAUUAAUCUUGAUACUCUUAAGGAUUUGUUACUUUUCUGCAUAUUAGGUUAAUUUUUACCUUACAUGUAAGAGUUUUGCCACUAAGCCAUUUUGUCACUGUCCUAUUGGGAAGUUUUGGAAACUUCUGCCAGUGAUGUGGUGAUGAUCUGAUGAUUUAUUUAAAGAGCUGUUGAUGCCUCAAGGAAACUUAAGUAUUUUAUUAUUAUAUAUAGGAUUUUUUGGUUUUGUUUUUGUUUUCUUUGUUUUUCCCUCCCUUCUUUGUUCCUCAUGUUCAUUCUUCAAACCAGUAUUUUGGAAGUAUGCAUGCAGGCCUAUAAAUGAAAAACACAAUUCUUUAUGUGUGUAGCAUGUAUAUUAAUGUCUAACUACAUAUGCAAAAACUUCCUUUGCAGAGGUUCGGGCUAACAUUUCACAUGCACAUUUCAAAACAAAAUGUGUCAGGAAAACAGCCCCUUUAACUGCCAAGACGAGCAGAGCUAUAUUUGUUUCAGAGACAGCUGAUAUUUGUUUUGAAACUGAAUUGCAUAUAUAUAUUACACAUGAUUAUGACUAGAAGUAUGUAAGAAAUUAUCAGAACAAAAGAAAACUUCUAUUUUCAUGCAAAUAUUUUUCAUCAGCCAUCACUCUCAAAUAUAAAUGAAAAUAUAACACUCCUGAAUGCCAGGCACAAUCUGGAUUUUAAAUGUGUGGUAUUCAUUGAAAAGAAGCUAAAUUUCUCCACCCACUUGGUAUUUCAAGAAAAUUUAAAACGAUCCCAAGGAAAGAUAAUUUAUAUGUUAAAGUGACUAUUUGUACAAGUAAAAAUCCAACAUUGUAUGCAUGAAAGGAUUCCUUGGUUAUGUGCGGGGAAUCAUCUCACAUGCUGUUUUUCCUAUUUGGUUUGACAAACAGGCUGACACUAUUCUCUCUGAUUAAAAAAUAAACUCACAAAACUCAUAAUGUUGAUAUCAAGAUGUAACCACUAUACAUACGUAGAAAAGGAAGUUUUAAAAGACCUUAGGCUGGCAUUGUGAAGGAACAACAUAAUAGACUUUUUUUGUAAAUUUAUUUUGUAUGUAAUGAAAUACAGUAUAAAGGUUGGUGAAGUGUAAUAUAAUUGUGUAAACAAACAUCCUGUUAAUAGAGAGAUGUACAGAUUCGUUUUGUACUGUAUCCUGAAACUUGUGAAAUAAAGAUUCCACCUCUGGUUA